AAAGAGUAUAAUAAUUUUCAAAAAUCUAUAUAAGAAAUGACAUAUUUUAAUUAUCAAAGUCAUGUGAAACAACCAACCAGCUUUGAAUGGCAACUCCUUGCCAACAGCGGCCUCUCUUGGCUGUCUCUUUGCCUCGAUGUAGAGUAGUUCUUCUCGUUUUCUUCUUUGGGAAUAACUAUGGCUCAUGGCUAGCGACAAAAGCUAAACUGCGCCUGAGAAGCUUCAAUGCCUUAAAAUAAACUGUUUCCAAUAUUUUCUUUCCUGAUGGAAAAAUUACAGCUGUACAGUACGUUUGAUAAGGACCAAACUUUUAACGUAUAGAUUUACAGACAAAGAUCUGAGCCUUCAAAAUUGAGUUAUUGUUAGUUAUGACUCAGAUUCGGAUAGGUUUAUCAUUUAUUAAAUAUUUUUGGAGUCCAGUAAUGUGACGUAGUGAUGGUUCCAAACACUUCAACAUAUUACACUGACGUUUCAGCGCUUGAUCGUUUCUACUUCCAGUUCACGUGACGCAACAUCUACACAUCCGAGACUUGCGGUUCUUUGGUGAUGCCUUCUAACCAAACGAGCUCCUUCAAACAUUCUCGUCUGGCCUACUUUGAUCCCAACAGUGCAGACAGAGUGCUAGCAUUGGGGAUCUAAACAGAUCUGGAACACGCCAAUCUUCUGGAACACGCCAGUCUUCAAACGCACAGCCGAUUGGGCCAAACCACUUCCUGCUUCAGUCUGAAUCAACCAGUAAAAGUGGGUCAUACGUGAUUUGAGGCAAGCUUUGGAGAAGUACUCCAGAAAAAAGACUUUCCAAGUUUUGGGGCGUGGUUCAGAGCCUUGCGUUAGAGGGAACAUAACUACCUACGUCACAGUAGAAGAUCUUCACCCUGAGAAGCACGAUUCGCUCCACGUUAAACAGGAGUGGAAGUCAGAGAUGCCGUAUAUCAGAUUGGAGGCGGUGCCAGAGACCCCCAGCAUUAAGGAAGAAGAACAGGAAGACGAAAUCACCACACUUCCGUUGAUUGUCAUUGUCAAGGGUGAAGAAGAUGAAGGUCCAAGCGAAGAAAGUGGAGCAGUGAAACAUUCGAGCGACGGCUCAUUUCAACACCUGACAACGAAAGGAGAGGGACGAUCGCACCCGGACGGCCUUUUAGCUCCGCUCUCGGACAGCGAUGACGUAACCUCCCACUCUUCUGACUUUAACACUGAUGAAGAGGAUGUUGUUAUUAACCAAAAGUCUUGGAAAUCCUCAAACAAGACGUCAUUGAAAAGAGACACAAAAGACUGCACAGUUAGGAAACGUUUUCCCUGCUUACUUUGUGAUAAAACAUUUUAUUGGAGACAAAGCUUAAAAACACACACACGUUCACACACCGGAGAGAAACCUUUUGCCUGCACAUGUUGUGGUAAAAGAUUCACCCACAAGGGGAAUUUAAACAAACACACAAUCACACACAGUGGAGAAAAGCCUUUCGCCUGCACCUUUUGUGAGAAAAGGUUUUGUCGGAAGCGACAGCUGACAAGACACAUGUGUACACAUACUGGAGAAAAACCUUUUGUCUGCUCAUAUUGUGGUAAACGAUUCACCGAGAAGGGAGAUUUAAACAAACACACAAGAACACACACUGGAGAGAAGCCUUUCACCUGCACACUUUGCAAUAAAAGAUUUUCUCAGAAGACUCAUUUAGAAAUGCAUAUUCGUACACACACUGGAGAAAAGCCUUUUUCUUGCUCAGUUUGCAAUCAAAGAUUCUCUCGGAAAGCAGUACUAAACAAACACACAAGAACACACACUGGCGAGAAGCCUUUCAUCUGCACACUUUGCGAGAAAAGAUUUUCUCAAAAGACUCAUUUAGAAAUGCAUAAGCGUACACACACUUGAGAAAAGCAUUUUCCCUGCCAAGUUUGUCAUAACAGAUUCUGUCAGAAGGGAACUUUAAACAGAUACACAAGAACGAGCACUGAAGAGAAACCUUUUGCCUGAUCCCUUUGUCUCGCAAUCUGAUUAAUUAUGGAAUUAUUGUCCUUUCUAUUAUUACUAUUAAUUAUUUUUGUUCAUGACUGACUUUUUUUUUUUUUACUUCAUCUAUUGUGAGCCAUUUUAGGGGCUCUUCUCUGUUCCAUAUGAAUUAAAAUUUAGAGUGUUUCCUGCUACAUAUCCAAUGUGUAUUUUGUUAUUUCAUUCAUCAAUUUAGUUUUUAACUCAUUCACUCCCAGCCAUUUUCACCGGUGCAACCCCCUUUGCGCCCGGCCGUUUUACUGGAUUUUGACUGAUUUUGCAAGGCCCACAGAAAAUGUUCUAUUCCUAUAUAAACAUGGAACCCACCAAAAGAAAGAUUUACCUCUCUGCUUUCAGCAGGAAAAAUAGUUAUCUUUAUCCAAUACACG